AGGAAGAUCGCUUUCAUUGACACUGCAGAGUUCAAGUUCCUGGGGCGAAGGCUGCAUGCUGAUUGCUCUGAGCAGACCCAGCGGGAAGACAUCCGUCAACUCACUGCAUCUCUCAUGCAAAAAGUAGAUGGCUCUUGGCUUCAAGACCACCACAAGCUAUGGCUUUACCACCAUCUUGUAGUGCCCAAGCUUUCUUGGUCUUUCCAGGUUCUUGAACUCACACAAGGUUUUGUACGUGAACUGCACUUUAUGUGUUUACCAUUUCUGAAGAAAUGGUCAGGCCUACCUCGAUGCGCAAACUCUGCCAUUCUUUUUAUUGGCAGUCGCAAACGCUUUGGCUUACGCCUCCACUACCUUCCUACGGUGUGGAAAAAGUGCCAGUCCAUCAAAUGGCACAUUCUUCGAUCGAGUGGGGACGCGCGCAUGAGGGCGCUGUACACUCUGCGUCGGAGUAAGGAUGCGAAGCUGACAAAGCGAUAUGCGGCGACAAUAGAGCUGGAGUGUGCAGAGGCAUCAGUAGGUUCAGGGACUCUCCGUCCACCGUCAUCUUCAAGUCAUCGUGCAGGGUUGGGUGCUCGUGCUCCGAAGCAGCAUUCCAAACCCCCGAGGAAGGAUCUCCUUCAAACAUUUGAGGAGAUCAACGCGCAGGAGCAGAUUUUGAGGCUGAAGACUCUUCAGGUGCAAGGCAAGUGGUUGGAGUGGACAUCGGUGAUGUGGCAGGACCUCUCGUGGAAAUCCCUUUUGUACGGUGGUACUGGUAAGGAUUUGAAAUUUCUUCUCGCAUCAACCCUCGACGUGCUACCUUCUCCGACGAACCUACGCCGUUGGGGAAACACCGUAGUGGAUCCGUACUGUAGUUUGUGCCGUACCUGGGCCUGUACUACGCGCCACGUGCUUGGCGCUUGUCGCGUAGCGCUGGACCAGGGACGUUACACCUGGAGGCACGACAACGUACUCGGGGUCAUCGUCAGGAACAUGCGUGAGGAGAUUCGAAUCCGCACUGCUGCAAACACCGUACAAACCGAAAAUUCAAAUGAGCUUGACUUCAUCUCGUUUUGCAAGGCGGGAGAGAAGCCAGUUCGCGUUCAGCCCAGACGAAAGUUGGUUACGACUGAUCUCCUGUCAGCGGCCUCAGACUGGAAACUUCUUGUCGACUCAGUUAGUGCAAAGAUUUCUUUCCCUAGCUGUGUUGCACUUACCACCCUAAGACCAGAUAUAGUUCUGUACUCUACGAGUCGUAGGAUUGUAUUCUGGAUGGAGUUGACAGUUUGUGCUGAGGACAGAUUCAGUGUCAGUAACUCGCGGAAGGACAGGCGGUAUGCGGAUCUGGCCGAUCAAUGCCGAGCAAACGGGUGGCAGGUCGUUUCUUUUUCGGUUGAGUAAGACGUCUCUGCGAAGCAGCUACAUCAUCUGGUUGCGGCGUCAACAAAAACACUGGUCGGAAGAUCCACUUUUCUGAGGUACUGUAUGUGGGGCUCCGUUUAUUGAGGUGCGUUGAAAUUUAUUCUCUUUAUCUUAUUAUUUCUUUUCUAUAAUUUCCCCAUAUGAGUUCCUAUCAGUUGCUGUGAACACCUUGAGUGGAGAGCGCUUGCUCGAGCGUUGAACCGGGUUCUUAAUCCACCAUACCCAGUUCGCAAGGCUGGGCGGGGUUGUGAGCAGGCUUUCAUUUCAUCUUUUCUUAUUAUUUCUUAUUAUUUCUGCUUUUCAUCUCAUUACAAAAAUUCUGCGCUUUUUCUCCAUCUGCGCAUAAAAUCUAGACUGACAACCUGCUUGUUAAAUCAUGCACCUGCUUUCAGGCGUAAAAACCCUGUUGUAGAGGUCUCAGUCCUCAUUUGUUAGACUUACCUGUCUUUAUAAAUGUAACUUACUCUCUCUCUCUCUCUCUCUCUCUCUCUCUCU